AUGCUCCAAUAUCAGCAAUUUCUCAUCAAAGACUUGACUGAAUUAGAACAAUUAGCUGAUUGGAUUCUACCUUAUCUUAAACCUAACAUUUUUUUGCUUUUACAAGGAGAUUUGGGAGCAGGAAAAACUACUUUCACCCAAAUACUUGCCCGAAAGUUAGGAAUUAAAAACACAAGAUUAUUAGGAGGGAGAUUCUCAGCAAACAGCAGCCUAGGCUCUGCUUUUGCUGGAUUUUUUGCCGAUAAAGGUUAUGAGAAACACAACAUCAGUGAAAUCAUUAAUGAAGCUGAAAAAGUUGGACAAUUAGAGUUAGCCAAAAAAUAUGAUUUACCAGUUUUAUUACACAUUCGCGAAGCUUUUGCCGAUGCUUAUGAAAUUGUGAAAGUAGCAGGUAAUGAUAAAGGCGUUCUUCACUGCUUUACGGGAACUUGGGAAAUAGCACAAAAGUUUAUAGAUUUAGGGUUUUACAUUUCUUUUGCUGGCAAUAUUACUUAUCAAAAUGUGAUUGAAACUGAUGCUCCCUAUUUAUCCCCGGAGCCUCUGCGAGGAAAAAUUAAUUAUCCACAAAAUAUCAUUUAUACAUUAAAAAAAAUCGCUUCAUCUAAUUGCGGCGGUGAUAAUUCUUCUUCAUUGCCAGUUUUUUCUUUUUCAAGCACAGUUGGUUUUUCUUCACCGAAAUUAAGCAAAACUAGUUCUUUUAGUUCCGUGAAAAUUGUAAUUUCUUCGCCUUCUACUGUUAACUUUUCUCGGCUUCAACUUUCUACUUUGGCUAACCAUUUGCGUUUGUUAGUUGAUAUAACAUUUAAAAUUGAAGAAGUGGGAAAAUUUAAAGACGCCAAUAAUAAUAUUUACGCCAUAAUCCCCACGGAGCCUAUUAAUUUAGAAGCGGAAAGAAUGGGAAUAAUCAACGUCAUUUCUCUUCCUUACAAUGGCGAACUUCGUGUCGGAGAUACAAUUACUGUUCAAGAUAUCGAUUUAAAUGAUUUGGGAAAUAUCAACCACAGAAUAAAAGAAAUUAACGGAAUUAGAAAUUGA